ACCACCCCGAUACCAGUUUGUCUCAGACUACGGAGCGUGAAUGAUGCUCCCGGUACGCGUUAAGGGUGGUAAUCCACCUCUUGCGUUUACGAAGAGUUUACUUACAAAAUUUAAGUUCAACGGAGUUUUGAUGAUGAGUGUUGGAGUUUUACUGGUUACCGUGUUCAUCGUGCCUGGAAUUUCCGCUGCUGCUAGUGAGAAAAUACCGAUAGGGGCGAUGUUCGAGCAAGGAACGGAAGAAGUACAGUCGGCAUUUAAAUACGCCAUUGCAGUGAACAAUCAAAACAACGUGUCAAGAAAGUUUGACCUUCAGGCUUGGGUCGAUGUCAUAAACACCGCAGAUGCUUUCAAACUGUCGCGACUGAUUUGCCAUCAAUUCAGCCGGGGCGUGUUUUCGAUGCUGGGGGCUGUCAGUCCUGACUCGUUCGACACUCUGCACUCGUACAGCAAUACUUUUCAGAUGCCUUUUGUCACACCUUGGUUUCCGGAAAAGGUACUCACACCUUCCUCGGGAUUUCUCGACUUCGCCAUAAGCAUGCGCCCGGAUUACCAUCGUGCUAUCAUCGACACGGUGCGACACUAUGGCUGGAAGAAAAUCAUCUACCUCUACGACUCCCACGACGGUCUGCUCAGACUUCAGCAGAUUUACCAGGGACUGCGACCUGGAAAUGAAUCUUUUCAAGUGGAAACAGUUAAGAGGAUACAGAAUACAUCCGAAGCCCUUGAUUUUCUACGGGCGCUGGAGGAUCUCAAUCGGUGGAGCUCCAAAUACGUUGUGCUAGACUGUCCAACUGACAUGGCAAAGGACAUCGUGGUCAGUCAUGUGAGAGAUAUUGCACUUGGAAAGAGAACUUAUCAUUAUCUACUCAGUGGACUGAUAAUGGACGAGCGUUGGGAGACUGAAGUGAUUGAGUAUGGUGCCAUCAACAUCACUGGUUUUCGUCUCCUUGACAUAAGUCGACGUCCCGUCAAAGACUUCCUCGAGAACUGGCGCCGACUCGAUACAGUAACUUUUCCCGGUGCUGGACGUGACUCAAUUUCCGCACAAGCGGCACUGAUGUAUGACGCAGUUCUCAUGCUGGUGGAGGCGUUCAAUAAGUUCCUGAAGAAGAAGACAGAUCGGAGUAAUCCCAAGAGACCUGGGGUACAGAGUGGUGUGCAGCCGAGCAAUGUCAGUAGUCCACUAGAUUGCAAUCCGAGGGAUGAUUUUGUUACCCCUUGGGAAUAUGGUGACAAGAUAUCUAAAUUUCUUAGAAAGACGGAUUUCGAGGGUCUGACGGGACCAAUACGGUUCAACAACGACAGCCGUAGACACAAUUACACACUUCACGUCGUUGAAAUGACAGUAAACAGUGCAAUGGUCAAGGUCGCAGAGUGGACGGAUGAGGGUGGCUUCCAACCCAUUACAGCUAAAUACGUACGACUGCCUACUCAGGAAAUUGAAAAAAAUAAAACGUACAUCGUGACGACGGUACUGGAGGAGCCAUUCAUGAUGCUGAAAAAACCCGAGGUAGGAAAAAUACUCGAUGGAAACGACAGAUUCGAGGGAUACUGUAAAGACCUUGCGGACUUGAUAGCCCAACAGCUAGGAAUAAAAUACGAGCUUAAACCCGUGGAUGAUGGCAAAUACGGCUCGGAGAAUCCAGAUGUUCCGGGUGGAUGGGAUGGAAUGGUCGGCGAGCUCAUCAGAAGGGAAGCAGAUCUGGCCAUAGCAUCAAUGACCAUAACAUCGGAAAGAGAACGAGUGAUAGAUUUCACAAAACCCUUUAUGUCUCUGGGCAUAAGUAUAAUGAUAAAAAAACCGAUAAAACAAAAACCGGGUGUCUUCAGUUUUCUGAAUCCCCUCAGCAAAGAAAUUUGGGUGUGCGUCAUAUUCUCGUACAUUGGAGUAUCCAUUGUUCUCUUCAUAGUAUCAAGAUUUUCACCGUACGAGUGGCGAGUAAUUCAGUUAAAUGGAGGUGGCGAUCCAUCGAUGGGUGGAAGAGGCGAUCCAAGUCUACAGCAUCCACACAGCCAGCAGGGCUCACUUCAUGCUCCAGCACCCUGUAUGGCCAAUGAUUUCAGUAUGCUCAACAGUAUGUGGUUCUCAUUAGGUGCUUUCAUGCAACAGGGCUGCGAUAUUUCGCCAAGAUCCAUGUCAGGAAGAAUAGUCGGAUGUGUCUGGUGGUUCUUCACAUUAAUUAUAAUAUCUUCGUACACUGCAAAUCUCGCAGCAUUUUUGACAGUCGAAAGGAUGGUAACUCCGAUAAAUUCAGCCGAGGAUCUGGCCUCGCAAACGGAAGUCCAGUACGGCACACUCCAUCAUGGCUCCACCUGGGAUUUCUUCCGGAAAUCACAGAUCAGUCUGUACAGCAAAAUGUGGGAAUUCAUGAACUCCAGAAAACACGUUUUUGUCGAUACAUACGAUGAGGGCAUCAAAAAGGUGAGGCAGAGUAAAGGGAAAUAUGCGCUUUUGAUUGAAAGCCCGAAGAAUGAUUAUAUCAAUGAAAGGGUGCCCUGUGAUACUAUGAAAGUGGGCAGAAAUUUGGAUUCCAAGGGAUUUGGAAUUGCAACUCCAGUUGGAUCUCCUUUGAAGGACAAGAUUAAUUUGUCGGUGCUGACCUUGAAAGAAAGUGGAGAACUGACGAAACUAGUUAACAGAUGGUGGUACGACAGAACAGAAUGUGGACACGGGGAUAAACAGGAUUCGAGGAAUGAGUUGUCACUGAGUAAUGUUGCAGGAAUAUUUUAUAUCCUCAUAAGUGGAUUAUUACUUGCACUAGCUGUGGCUCUGCUAGAAUUUUGUUACAAAUCCCACACUGAAGCAUCAAGAGCCAAGAUUCCACUGGCCGACGCCAUGAAAGCGAAAGCUCGAUUGACAAUAUCUGGUGCUCGAGACUACGACAAUGGCCGGUGGUACGGACUGCAGAGUUAGACGGAGGAUGCAUGCGCCUUUUCCGGGACCAUAUUACUACGCACCGGCGAACGCGAUUGGGAAUGCGGAGGGGGAUCAGGUGCACAGCAAUACUCACACACAGGUGUAAGUCCAUGGUACAUGUCAAGUGAAAUAACACCGGAUCCAUCGCCAUCAAUAUCACUGCCAACUCCACCACCGCCACCUAAAAAUAUACCACCACCACCGAGACCAGCGAGACGCAGUGUUACGUUUGCUGAAUCACCACCAAAGAGUCCAAAGAGCCCAAAAAGCCCCAGAAGCCCGUGGGUUUUGAAGCGUAAAUCGAGUAUAGCAACGCUGAAUGUUGCUGUACCAUGGACACCAGCAACACCCAGUCAUUGGGACAAUCGAAAACCCGAAUAUGUCACGUAAUUAUAGGCGAUCAUAAAUUUCAACUGAUGUGACAUUUUAGUUUGAGCGGGAGAAUUUAUUUUCACCUUCAUGUCAUCCUUCAAAUAUUUCGUUCACCUGGAAAAAUCAAUCAAAAACUUCUGUUACCCAAAAGGUUCAGCUGUCGACAAAUGAUUUUAUGCUACCAGUAACACUAUGAUUUUCGGGCCUCGGGAUAUAAAAUAUCGUAUACCACAUGCAGUAAUAGUAUAUUUUAAAUCGAGUGCAUAAAAUAAGUUUUUGGCUCGUGCGGGGAUUGGCAGUGGCCCUUCCUCGAACUCGAAAAAAUGAAAAUCACUAGAAAAAAAAAAGGUUCAUGACUAGGUUCCUAGGGACUUUUGGUCGUAUAACAUGGCGGCCCUCGCCUUCGACUGUGACGACAACGCCACGAGACCAAACUCCCUAUGGCACAUGUCAUGAAAUAUACUAUUUUGUCACUUGGCUCAGCGUAAGCUCGUUCAUAUCAGGCCUAGGACUGAUAAGGGUCACUUACGGACCUAAGCGUGCUUAAACUUGGUUAGUUAGGCUUCAUGACAGAAAACGAUGAAUGGCAUAUGGCUUGAAAACUAUUUCCCUAAUAAAUUCAAUUAUAAUGCACGUCGAAGGUGUUAUGAUUAAAUUAAUUAGAAAUGGUAUAUUAAGACGUUCCGUGCCACGGAAAAAGUCGUGGCCUGAACGGAAAGUACAGCGGGGGUCGUAUGCACCCCACAUGGCACGGAAUGUGUUAAAUACCUAGGCCAGAAAAGAAAUAAAUGUCUCAGAUCAAAUGCCUUAUUCAAAUGAAUGAGGUAUUUUUUUACUAGCCGAAGUGUGCAUUCGAUUUCUCUGCUCAACGAACGAGAAAAUCGCGAACUCGCGAAUCGCUGCGCGGCCGAGAAGUUGCAACUUUCCGGCCGGAGGUCAUAAAACUGCUUUUCAGACUCCAUGACAUAAAUUACUAUUUCCCACGAGUAUUGAACAAUUUUUUCACCACAAUGAACGAGAAAGGGACGUUUUCACCACAAUGGAAGGGAAAGGGCUCGCAAAGCGUAUAUUUUCUGACUGACCUUGAUGGAUUACUCAAUACCGGGAUGAGGUUGGCACAACCAGUCAAGUACUAGUCGAUCUCAGCUCAAUUAAUCGAAGGAAGAUCGACCAGCAAUUGAAUAGCGAUCGACCAUUAACUGGCCAUUGUCCAACCAUCGAUUGGUAAUCGACCAGCACUCGACCAUCGAUUCGUUGAUUAUCACUUUAUCGAUUAACUAUCAACCAUCUGCUGAAGUAGAUGUCCAAUCAAGUGCCUAUUGACCAGCACUCGACCUAUAAUAGAUUGAUCAUCACCCAGUCAUCGAUUAACGAUCAACCAGUCAUUGAUUAAGUGCUGCAGUCGAUUUCCAAUCGACUAACCAUCGAGUAGCCAUUAAGCGAUCCACCAGGGGAACCCAGCAGAUUGUAGAGGGUAGAGUGAUUAUAGAAGGUUAUAACCCUCUAUAAUAAUUAUAUAAUUAUUAUAGAGGGUUGUAACCUUAUUAUAACCUUAAUUAUUAUAUGAUAAUAUAAUUAUAUAAUUAUUAUAUUAUCAUAUAAUUAUAUAAUUAUAGAGGGUAUAACCUUCUAUAAUCACUCUAUCCUCUAUAAUAUAGAUAUAAAUUAUAGAGGGACCCAGCAGAAGGGAGAGUUAGAACUGAAGACGAGGGUGCCUUCGGUUCCAACUAUAAGAAGGGAUAAAUUCAAUAUAAAAUGACGUGAAAGUUCUGUAAUUCCUAAACGAAAAUAAAAGUUCGAUAACAAUGACGGAAAUAAUUGUAGUAAUUACGUAAUUUUUUCCAUACUUUCUACUAAUUUCCCAGUACUUUUUAUCGGACCUUUGACUUGGAAAUUACCAAACUUUGACAUAAUUUUUGUUGAACAAUUAAUUCUCGCGUGGAUAAAAUCAUAUUUGAGAGGUGAUAGUUUUAUUCUGUUAUGGUAUGUACUAUUAAAGAAUUCACGAAUUAUUGCAGAGAGGUGGAUGACAUGGGGGUGAGAAUAAUGAUGUUAAUAUGAUGUAAAUAAUUGUACGCAGAUCAAAUAAGAAUCAAAGGUAAUUUUGAAGGAAACAAUAGUUAUGAUGGACAUUAUCGUUGAAUAACUCAUGGUCCUGGUAAUGGUGCAUGUGAACAAUUGAUAAUAUACGACAUUCUACUGCCAAACUCAGACAAAUUACCAAUGAAUAUGAUGAUUAAAAUGAAAUGAAUCAAAAUGUACGGGAAUGACUGGAAAAUUCACUCGAGUGUGAAAUUUUACUUGUGUGCAAGUGGAUACAACUACCGUUCAUCAGUGAAUUUUUAAAAAACAAAUGGAUUAUAACUAAUUAAUUGUAAUUUGAAACGCGUGUGGCUAGAAUCGAUGUUUAUUAAUGGAAAAUAUAGAAUGAAUGAGGUAAAUUAAGGGAAAAAUGAAUGAGUAUGUUGAUAAAAAAUAAAAUUAUUUGUAUACCACUCGUCGAAUUGUGCGAAUUGAAUUUAUCAAGAAUUGAUUUAUCGAUUGGGAAAUCAGACUCUGUCGUGCCCGUGUCUAAUGCAGGCGAAAACCUCCAGUAGAUGAGUAUUUUGAACAGCAUUCGUUGAUACAUUUCGACAUUUCAUUAUUCCAGAAUCAAUUUUUUGAAUUUUCAAUUCGCAUGACUCGAAGAUUCUCUCACUGGCCAAGAUAACGUGCCAAAGGACGAUAAACCAACGGAAUCUGACGUCACAAGUUGUGAAAAACUAUUCAGAGAAUACUAUUACCAAUUAUUUUAGAUUGAUAAAACGUUAGUGACGUCAGUAAUUGUUAAAACAGUCACCCAAUGCGAUUUAAUGUACGGCGACGUAUGAAACUGAUAUCCACGAGUUAUUUGUAUUUUGACACUUGGAUUGAAAUCUGAUUGGAAUUAAGGAGUGAUUUCAUUGGGUUUGUCAAGUCCCAGAAAUGUAUUUACAAAAAUUUCCGCAAUAUUUUAAUAACUUUUUCAAAAUGUGAACAAAAUUGAUGAAUCAAUCAUUGGAUUGUCUCGGAUGUCAAUGGUAUUUAUGGAUUUUCUUCUGUAAUGAUAUGACUCAAUUUAAAUUCCAUACGAUUAAUUUAGCAGAUCAGAUUGAUUAAAAAAUGUAAAACAAGUCGAUACUUCAUGUUCAAUUUCAAAUUCAUACAAAUUAAAAAUGACUCGACCAAUUGAGUUGAAUGUUGGCACAAACUUAGGCUUCAGGAAUAUCUCUAAUUUGUCAAAAUUUCAAAUUUUUCGAAAUAACUAGUCCUCUUGCUCUAACUCUAGUUCGUCGAAAAAAUUAAGAAAUAAAUUUGAUAAUUGACAUGGUAGGUUGACUCAUCCAUUAACGUCUCAACUAUUCCGAAAAGUAUUUUAAAAAAUUGUCGAAAUUGUCCCUGGAAUAUUUUUUGAACUUGACAAAAGUGAUGAGGUUUCCCCAUAAUUAUUAGAUAUUAAAUAUUGAAUAGGAUUAAAAUGUUGGGAGUGAUAGUGCACAGUUAUUUAUUAAUAAAAUCUCAUUGAAUAAAUUUUUUUAUUAUUCACUGGAGCAGUUUUGUACGCCGAUGUAAGAUCUAUCAUAUCGUCAUAUUUUUUCUUAUGAUACGAUCAAGAUUACUACCAUAUAAAUACAAUAAAUAAGUAUUGAUGAAGUAAAUCACUCGAUCGAUUUAAGAAAAAUUUAAUAUUAAAGAUGCAACUGAAUGAAAAUAACGGAUGAAGCUGAGAAUCUGAAUCAAGAAUAUGAGUUAAUAUAUGAAAAAUUGAGGGGUGCAAGGAAACGUUAAAGAUGAAAAUCCUGAAGGAUUUCAAUGACUGGAUUAAUCAGCAAUGUUGAUAAAACAAAAUUUAAGGGAAAAAAAUGUGUGAUUUAAUCCUUAUUCUAUUUAAAUGAUCGUGGAGAUAAUUUUUAUUGAAAUAUGAUCACUGUCAUUAUACUUUUUUCCAUAAAUGUGUAACGUCCUGACCAAACGAGUAAACCUCAACACUCGAAUGAACAAGACAACUGGUCGAAAUCAAUUAUUCAAAAAUCUGAUACGCGAGAAAUUCUUUGACGAAAGCAAAGGGCUUCGUGAUUGUCAUUAAUUUGUUUGUAACCCACGUGUCAUCUCGUUUACAAUUGAAAAAAAAAUACAAAACAAAUUCGAACGACUGUAUUGUAAAACUGUUGUAAAACCAAUCAAAUUUGCAUAAAUACACAAUCGUUUAUUUAAAAAAAUAAA